UAAGGCAGGUCGGGAAUAUAUUGUAGGAAGGGUUUUUCUUAAUAAAAGUAGUUUUUUCACUGAACCUGUACAUUCAAUGUCGUCGUUAGGGAUUGCAUAUGUAAGCAAUCUCAGUGAUAAUGAAGAAAUAUUUGCAAUCACAAACUUAAUUAGCAAAUGUAUUUUUUUGCCAAUAGGGGAUAGGGCAGUCAUUGUACCAAUUUUACAUUAUUUCUAAAAAAGGGUGACCACUUGAAGAAUGAAGGGAAUGAAGAAGAGUUUUGUAACGAAGGCAUCGCAAAAGGAAAUGUUCUGCGAUUCAGAUAAGGUGAAUAACCAGCUAAAAGCAAAAUGUGCAAAACUUGAACUUGAGAACGAGGAGCUAACUAAGUUCCUGCAAGAGCUAAGAGCAGAUAUCUCACAAUUAAAAACAGAUGUAUCAACAAUAAAAAAUAGUACGGCAACCCAAGGUGUGAUUCUCGAAAAACUUGUUCAGAAGGUCUUACCAAAAACAUCAAAUUUAACCAUUUUGCCGUUCAAAACGAUUGAAGAGAUUAAGUCUGCAGACAACAUUUUAUCGCAGUAUCCUCGGGACGAAUUGGUGGCAUACGUACGCAAUACCGUAGGUGUUACUCCGAUAAGAAAAAUUGUUCCUUUCUUAUUUGCUGAAUCUACUAUGCCUUUCAUUAAUUGGGAUGGUCGUCACCAAAGAUUUGCAAUCAAAUCUCUUCAAUUUUUCAACGAAAUAGUUUUUCGUACGAUAUUUGAUAAAUUAUAUACUCAAUGUCGAAGUAUUAUUAUACAUUUACCUUAUUUUCAUAUAACAGGUGCAGUUCAAGGUCCCGAUAUGGAUUUCUCCAAAUUUGACAGUGAAAUGCGGAAGGGGAUCCGAUCCGCGAAAAACAAAAUGUAUAAAAACAAAUCCAACCAGUCUUAAUUAUUUUCGAAGCAUAUCUUAAUCUACCAUAAUUUAUUUUGUAUGUAAGACUCAACCUUCAUCACAUUUUUUUACCAUUUUUAAGUUAACCAUUUAUGAACGUUAAUGUAACGUAAUGAAAACUUCCUUAUUUUAAAAUGAAUUCCAGUGUCCUUAUGUAAAAAAAAUUUAUUUUGAAACAUAUAUGUAUGUACAUAUAUGAACAUUAACGUAGCGUAAUGAAA